AUGAAUGCUCUCAGGGGUUUCUCAGCGCCUCCUAAAGGCCUGGAGUUAGAGUUUGGCUCAAGUUCAGACUCUGAAAGCGAUGAAGACGUGAAGGAAGACGAGAUCGAUACUGAUCCUGCAGAAUCAGACAGUGUGCCCAGGAUAAACACGACCUCACUGAGUCACCAGAACUGCAAAGUACUUGAAUGGACAAGGGUCAAAGGUCAACCCCAGGUGGAACACUUGGUUCCUCCACAGCCAUCAGCAUCAACUAUAAUUCCUGAAGAUGGGAAAUCAAUUUCAGAAGCUUCGUGCAGCGAUGUCGUGAUUCAGGAAAGUGUGACAGCAAAGAACAUCUCAUCAGCCACUGCCAUGGAAACCAGCCAUGACAUCACUCUGGCUAAUAAAGGUAUGCCAUCAGGGGCCACGCAGCCAAGUACAGAAGAGAUGGAUGACAAAAUAUCUCACCAGCCAGACAUGGCAUCAGCUAAAGUGGACAAGAUCAUAGAGGAGAUUAAAAGAAAUGAGAGUUUUAUUUUACCGGUGUCUGGUCUCACCACUCUGUUGUCACAGGGACAUCGGGGUCCUCCGGGUCUGCCCGGACUUCCAGGACCAAAAGGAGAAAAGGGCUUUGCAGGAAUGAUGGGUCGGAUAGGACGUGCAGGUUUCCGAGGGCCGACCGGUCCUCCUGGCAUUCCUGCCAUCAUCGUAUGGACGACAUCAGAGGAGGAAUGGCACGAAUUUAAGGUGAAGGUUAUGAGACAGAAAGGACGACGAGGACCACUGGGGCGACCAGGAGAUCCCGGUCCACCUGGCCGUCUAGGAGUUCCAGGGAAACAGGGCAAGAAAGGAGUCACAGGGCUGAUUGGGAGAGCAGGGCCACCUGGGAUACCUGGACCUCCUGGAAGACCAGGCCAAGAUGGUACACCAGGAAAAGAUGGCGAACCAGGACAACCGGGACCACAAGGGGAAAAAGGUCCACAGGGAUACAGAGGAGAACGAGGCAGUAAAGGGGAGCCCGGUGAGUGGGGUUACACUGGAGAACCGGGACCUCGGGGUGAGAAAGGCAGGAAUGGGGAGAAGGGAAUUAAAGGAGAAGUCAGCCUGAUCGGAAUAACUGGUUAUACUGGGCCACCUGGACCUCGGGGACAGCGGGGGAUUAUGGGAGCACCUGGUCCUCCUGGAGAACCUGGAUGGUCCGGCUUUACAGGAGCUCCAGGUCCAACAGGUCGUAUGGGACCAAGAGGGGCAAAAGGAUUGAGCGGAGUUAAAGGACCUCCUGUAAGAGUGAUGGAGAUCCAGGUCCGGACGGUGUUAGCGGAUUUAGCGGGUAUGGUGGACCACAGGGUAAACCAGGGCGAGAUGGACCUCCAGGUCCUAAAGGAGAGCCUGGUCAGACUGGAAAUGAAGGAGCCACUGGAGACCCGGGACCACCAGGACCACCAGGUGCAGCUGGAAAAGCAGGAAAACCAGGACCCUCAGGGUCUGAAAGCUGAGCGAGGAGAUAAAGGAGAUCCUGGUGAAAAAGGAGAACAAGGUUCUCCAGGUCCUCCUGGUUUUCCUGGGUUCCGUGGUCGAGCAGGUCGUUCAGGUGUUCAGGGAGAACCCGGGCUGACUGGAUCUGCUGGAUCACCAGGACCACAAGGUUUGGAAGGAAGUGCUGGAGAACAGGGCAAACAAGGCAAAGACGGCCCCAAGGGAGAACAAGGUCCUGAUGGUGUAACUGGAGUUCCAGGACCGAGAGGUGAUAAGGGUCGGAUGGGGCGAGUUGGACUCACAGGUCUGCCAGGACCUUUGGGGCAAAUGGGAAAAUCAGGAGACCGAGGACCUGAAGGAGAGCCUGGUAUCAAGGGUAGAACAGGAUUUCCAGAAGGACCUGGAGCUAAAGGCUUGAAGGGACUGCAGGGUUUUCCAGGGAAUCGAGGGCAGGAUGGAAUUCACGGUUCUCCAGGACUUGCAGGUGCGCUAGGAGUAAGUGGAGAUGCGGGUUCUUCAGGACACAGGGGUUUCCAGGGAAAACCUGGUGCUCCUGGUGGACAAGGUCCUGUUGGAAGCAGAGGAGAUCCAGGAAGUAGAGGAAUCGCUGGCAAACCUGGAAAGCCUGGACUGAAGGGAAUCAAAGGCACUGAGGGUCCAAAGGGACUUCCUGGAAGUCCAGGGCAGAAGGGAGUUCGAGGAAAUGAAGGUCCUAAAGGAAAACCUGGAUGUUCAGGAGCUCGAGGUUUGCCGGGACAAAAGGGUUACAGAGGACCUCCUGUAAGAAAUCACUCUAACCAAUUUUAUCAAUAA